CGGGUCGCUGGUGUUAGUGCCAUCGCGCACCUUCAUCGUCGUAGCACGUGAAAUAUUAAAUGAAAGUCGAAUCUGGUUCCUGCUCUCUCGCGGUGUGUAAUAUCGGGAACAUUUUCGUUUGAAUAAGCCCCGUUUAGUUCGCGGUAACAGGCCGACCCCCAGGUCCGCCCGCGUACCCGUGAAGCAGUGAACAACAGGAACACGCACGAAAUUGUGCAGUGCUAAAGUGCACGAAAAUUGCGAAGAAAAAAAAAGUGUUACACGAACAGCGAGUGGCAGACGUCGACGACUUUGCGGAAAAGGUUGAACAAGAAGAAGAAAAUUGCCACACACAGGAUUCUCGCACGACAUAGAGAUUCGUCAUUCCGCGCAGGGACAAAAGACUGGAAAACGCGAAACAACCACACCAAGUUCGGGUUCUAGUAGACGCGGGUUCAAAGCUAGAAGGCAGCGCACACUGAGAUUUGUUACGAGCCGAGAGAUAUCCGGAUUGGAAGGCGUUGUGUGUCCCCUCCAACCAUCCAUCGAACCAAAGCUGCUGGCCUUCGCAACAGCAGCAGCAUAAUUGUCAACGUAGCAACUCAGAGUGCCCCACAAGAAGAGUACACUUGGCCACGACCAGUGUACAGUGCAGAGCACACUUGGAUAUCACCAAAUCUAGCGUAGACCACUAGUCAAAGGACAUAAAAGAAGCUGCCGAUCUAAUUGUAACCGCAUACUGCCACACACACUCACAGUCCGGAAAUUGGUGCCACGAAAUCCCUGCCAAGUGAAACUUGAAACGUGUUUCAUCUGAUUUUAUUUGUAACGUCUUUUAUUGGUUCUUAUUGGCGACAAAUACCCUCAAAGCGAUGUCGGACACGGCAGAGCCGGUCGUUGCUGACCAGCAACCGGAGGACAACAACAACCAAAUCGAUCUGAUCGAUACGGCGGUGACCAAGCUUACGCUCAACGGAACGGCCACGGACCACGACGAACAGCAGUCUCACAACAACAGCAACGAGGAAAAUGAGGACAACAACAACCAAACUGCUGAGAGCAAUACGACUGCCGCCGCCGUCAACAACAACGAUGCUGCUGGCCACAAAUCGAUAGGAAUCCGCAUCCGUCGCACUUCGGAGAAGCUGCUCGGCGAGGAAACCGGCGGCCGGAAGAAGUAUUCGCUGGAUCAGCUGCUGUCGCUCAAGGAUACCACAAUCAGCCGGGAGAAGCCGACGACGAUACCGGACGUGUGCAGAUCGAUCCUCAAGUCAUCCCACAACCCGUCGUCGAUGAUGAGCAAGAACUUUGGCAACCAGGACAACUCGCUGCUGCCGACGUUCAUGAGAAGUGGAGCCGACGGAGGUGGUGGCGGUGGUGGCAUGGGCGGUGGCAUGAUGGGAAGCCGACCGCCGCCGAUGAGACGAGCCCCGUACCAGGGUCGACUGUCCGAGAAGGCAAUGCGCUCGUCGGACGACGUGGACGGUGGCAUGAUCAAGGUCAACCUGAACAUUACCGAGGAGGUUAAGCUGCGCGAAUCGGCCAAUGCAUGGAGACCUCGCUUCCUGCAAAAGCAGGAGGAAGCCCUCGACGAGGAGAGCAAGAAAACUAAGGAACUGUUUAAAAAAUUCCGUAGCGUGCUGAACAAGCUGACGCCGGACAAUUUCUCCGCGCUGGUCGAACAGGUCAAGGCGUACGAAAUCGACACCGAAGAGCGGUUGGAUGGAUGCAUCAAGAUUCUGUUCGAGAAGGCCAUCAUGGAGCCGAACUUUACCGACACUUACGCGCAGAUGUGCAAGGAGCUGGGAACGAUCAUCAAGAUCGAAACGAGCGACAACAAACAGCCCAACUUUAAGCGCAAGCUCAUCACCCAGUGUCAACGCGAGUUCGAGAAGCACCACACCGACAAGGAACAGAUCGAGGAAAAUAAGAAGAAGGCCAAGGAGGAUGAAAAAUCGGAAGAGGCCGAGGAUCUGCAGUACGAGCUCGAGGAAAAGGAGGUCAAGAUCCGAAGACGUGCCCUCGGAACGAUCCGCUUCAUUGGAGAACUGUUCAAGCACGAACAGCUCACCUGUAAGAUCAUGUACACUUGUAUUAACAUUUUGCUCAGCGAAGACAUGCUGGACGAGGAGUCGCUCGAGUGUCUGUGCAAACUGCUGACCACGAUAGGUGGCCGCAUGGAGAAGGACCCGGUGCAGGACUCGCAGGGACUUCAGUACUGCUUCGAGAAGUUGCAGGAAAUCGCCGACAAGAAAUCCACCCUGCAAGUCUCGAACCGGCAUCGCUUCAUGAUCCUGGACCUGAUGGAUCUGCGGAAAAACAACUGGCAACCGCGUCGUGCCCAGGCCGCACCCAAAACUAUGGACGAAAUCGCCAAGGAGGUCGAAACCGAGGAGAACAAGAACCGCAUCCUGAGCUUCAACCUGGGCGGUGGCGGCCGCGGCGGCGGUAAUCGCCAGGACAACAACGAUCGACACCGAGGCGACGGCGGCAGCGCGUCCAAGAACAAGCGCUUCGUCGAUGACGACGGAUUCGUGCAGCCAAUGUCGAACAAAACGGCACGUCCGCUGCCCCAGACGUUCGAUCCGAAGAAGCUGAACCUGACGCCCAAAUCGCCGGACGUGACGCGCCUCGGAUCGGCCUCGAUGUUCCAGGGUUGGGGCAAGAACAACGCAUUUGCAUCGCUCACGGACGACCAGCAGCAGCAGCAGCAGGGUUCGGUUCCGCCGCCGAGCUUCUUUGGCAGUUCUGGUCCGGGCGGGAGCAGCAGCGGCGGAAGCAGCAGUAAAGGCGGAAGUGGUGGAGGCGGCGGCGGUGGUUACGGUGGAGGGAAUAAAAAGUCUGGUGGAGGAGGCGGAGGCGGAGGAGGAGGUGGUGGUGGCGGGCGGGACGGCAAGAAGCCGUACUACCAUGGCAGGAACAGCAGUCGCUUCUGAUAAUGAGUUUCCCCGCGGGAUGCAUUACGAGCGUGAUUGAAUCAACAAACAACAGACUGUUGGACGGUUUCUUAUGGUUUAUUAUUUUUUAGAAAUUAUACGUUUAUAAUAUUUUUUUGAGGGCAGAAGUUGAAAGUGUUUCUUUUUUUGUAAUAUUAGAAAUGGAUCUUCCACGAAAUGUUAUGCCAUCAGAGAGAAAAAAAAGAGAGAAAGAGGCGGUGUGGGUGGAGAUCUAACCGAACGCGAUCACACUCCUGUUAACAAAAUCUGCUUUUGCUUUCCGUUACACGAUUAACAGUUAUUUUUCGUACGGUUAAAUUUACGUUGCAUCUUUAACUUUAAUAGGAUUUUUGAACUGGAUUGUGCGGGAGUUUAACUCAUAACAUAUAUUAAUAGAAUAUUCAAAUAAAACACGGUAUAUUGAACAGAACUCACAGUUACGUAAUGGAGCCUCACAGAUGAAAAAACUCAUUCACAAGGACUAACAAGAAAAAGAGAAGAAGUGAAAAACAAACAGCCAAUAUUACUAACUAAAGUUCCUUUUGCAAUAAAUAGUGAACCGUGCUGCAUAUUCCAAAAUGAAUGCAAAAACGCAGCAGCGGAUUACGGAAAAAAGUGACACACACCAAGUGAACUGAUAUCAUUGCAGCGGAAAUGACUUUGAAAAAAAUAAACAGCAUAAAUAAAAGUGGAGAUUAAUGAAGGAACGAUUGAUUAAGCACAGGACAGGUAAAACAUGAAUUAUAGUCAAGUUAUUCUAAUCGUUUAAUGAACUUAUUAAGAGAGACAAUGGAUUGUAAAAAAAAACACACACACACACAUAACUUUAGUAAGUUCCAAUGGCCUUCCAAUCAUCCCCAACCCUUCCCGCAAUAAAAAAAGAAGAACCUAACAAUCGAUGGUUGACGAUAACUUGUGAGGAUUGUGGGCAAAUUGACACACACACAGCCAGCCAGCGUGCAAAAGGAUAAUGGAAAACUUAAAAACUAGGAAAUUGAUAUUACAUAAAAUGCAAGUAAACACACACAACCAUACGAUCGCGCGUGCAUGCUCACCACGGCAGACACGUUGAUGAAUUAAAAUGAAAUAAAAAUUGACAGCGAGAGAAAGAGAGAGAAAGUUAUGGGAAAAGCGGUGGUGUGAGCUGUAAGGCACAGCAGCUUUACAGGACAAUUAAUCCAGAUGAAUCGCAAAUGAAACAUGUACUAGGUAAUCAAUUUUAAUUAUAAUAAAAGCAAAAUAACACUUUAUAGCAACCAAUAUAAUGGAGAGCGGAGAAAAAUAAAACCCUUCACACACACUGUGGAAUAUAAAUAGUUGGUAAACGUACAAGGAACCAGUCUUGUGUACUUUUUUCAGACCUACAUAUUUAAAUGUGUAAGCAAGUUAGUAUAUAAAAUGACAAAACAAAAAAAACACGCAAAAAAAAUGAAUCCGUUAUCCUAAAACUCAA